AUGUCUCCCCACUCGCAUAGACUCAAACCACAAAAUCUUACAGAAGCUAGAUGCGCUAUUUGCCAAUUUCUGGCGCAAGCUGGAGUACAGAACACAGCCAUUUGCCGCACAACAGCCAAGCAGCCACUUACCCAAGAUGCUGCCUCCAACCCGGAGAAACGCUCCGAAGGUCUUAAUUGCAGGACAGGCCUCAUUCCGGCGGCUGACCAAGCUGCACAAGAAGCUAAAAAUCCACAUGAGACACCACCGAGGACACAAAGCAGAAAGGAGAAGCAACCCGACACGCUCAUUCGCCCCACAUGGUGGUACCUGAGCCUGGAGGACUGCGACGUCCCGCUCCACUACAGAUCCGGACUCUGCCCCUUAUAUUGA